AUGGCCGAAGUUGCAGUGGCGAUUAUUAGGCUGAAAUUGAGCGGAUUGACUGAAAAGUGAGUUAACCUAACUACUUACAAUAUGAGUUUGUAAUUUUCACAGAAGGAUUUCAUCGCAAGACUUUGAAAUUUGCAUCAAAGAAGAGCCAAGCACCAAAAUUGCACAUCAUCACAAUUUUUCGCAAGAUUUCAAUGUGACAAAACGCGUUACAGUAGGCGGACAUACAGUAGGAGCCGAUGUUUUCAAAUUGCCAACACUGUCUUUUGAACCGGCAAAAAUGACGACAGUCGAAGAUUUGAUACACGAAUAUUUUCGACGAACUGGAAAUAAUCGAAUUCGACGAGUUUUGCGCAUUCCACUGCAUUUUGACAAUGAUGAAAAUCAGCCGAUGUGUUCGCGAGAUAUUGUUAUGGCACCUGGAUUGGCCAUGGUUUGUGUUCCUGUUUUUGUGAAAGGUAAGAGGAUUUUCUGUGGAGAAUUUUGGAGCAUUUUAAGUAUAAAUAUGAUUCAUCUGAAACCGGAAUUUUGAUUUUGUUCUAAAAAAUUUCCCUAGAGCUUUUUUCAGAAUUUUUUUGAAUCUAGAAUUUUUGAUAUCAUGAAAGAUACGAUUGAUCGAAUUUUCGAAAUUGGAAAAAUUUUAACAAAUUUUUGAAACGUAUAUUUUUCGAUUAAAUUCAAAAUGGCAUGAAAAUUCCAGAAAACUUUGACUUCAGAAAUUCUAAAUUUUAUCCCAGGAAUCUCAAAAUUUAUAGGAAGUUUUAAAGUUUGGUUCAAAAUUUUCAUGAAAAAAAAACUCUAAAUUUUUUCCAAAAUCUCUAAAAAAAAUUUUUGCAGAAGUCGUCGAAGUUGCCAACUCACGUUUCGAAAACCUCCAAAAACUUCUAAAUCUCUGUCAAAACCAACCCGAAAUGUUCGAAGUUCACUCAAAAAACAUGCUUCAAAUUCUCGAAAAAUGGCUCCAAAAUUCGUGUCUUUCAUCGCAUUUUAUCUCAACAUUUUUCAAACGCGAAAAUUGUCGAGAAAGAAUUCGAAAUUGUGCACAUAAUCCAGCGUAUAUUGAACAACAGGAACAAUGUUUUCGAAAUUUAUCGCAUUCGAUUCGAAGCACUUCGAGUUCUGAUUUGGAUGAUCGUGUUCAUAUGGCGAAUUUUGCAAAAUUGGCCAUGUUGAAGUAUAAUAAAUUCACGAUUUCGACUAUUAAUCCGGCUUUUUGGCCUGAAGAUUCGGUGAGCUUUUUUUAACUGAAAAGUGUGAAGUUUUCUGAUCACCCUGAAAUUUGAGUCCUUGAUUUUCGACUAAAAUUCAUUUUUUGAAAAUUUUUGAAAUUAUUUCGAUGUUUUCCUAAAAUUCCUUAUUCUUGAUAACUUGAAUAAUCUCAAUCUUUUACCAAAAGAAAUUUUCACUGUUUCAAAAAUUCUUGAAAAUUUCGAAAAAUUUGAAAUUGAAGCUUACAAUUUUAAAAACUUUAAAUAAUUUUCACGUGGCCUAGAAAAAAAAUGACGUUUCCAUUUUUCCAACUCAUUUCAUUUCGGAAAAAGAUGUCAAAUCCAAAAUGUGUGUUCAAAAAAAAAUCCCCAUUUUCCAGACCUCCUCAUAUUUCUACCCGGGAAUCAAAAAACCGCCCAAAAAUGGUCAAAUUCGUGCCAGUUCGUCCAGCAUCACCUCUUCAGAUUUUCGUCAAAAAUCCUAUCCAAUUCAUAAAUCGGCUGAAAUUGGAAAUGUGGCUGAAAUUCGACAACUCUUGAAUGCCUCGAUUUUUGAUGUGAAUCAGAAAGACGAUGAUGGAUGGACACCACUUCAUUAUGCAUCUUUUUAUGGAAAUUUUGAGGUGGGUGAGAGAAUUUGAAAUAUUUUGACACUAAAUAUAAGCUAUUCUGAAAAAUAUUUUGAAUUGAUACCAGAAAUCCAAAUUUUAGCAGUUUGGGGACUAACAUGAGUAAUCGCUGUUAAAUCAGAUUCUUUUUUUGUCCCAAUUUUUUCACUGUUUCAAAGUCUCUGAUAAAUUUUCCCAUUUCAAAAAAAUUUGUUUCCGCAUAAUAUGCUAUUAUCUUUUAAAGACACGUAGAAAACUAGAAAUCGUUCAAAAAUCAUUAUUUGCAUGUUUUUUAUCAUCCUUCAAAUAGUGGAAGUACAUAAACAAAAUUGAAAAAUAUUGAGUUUAGCGAAAGUCAAAAAAGAAAUUGCCUUUUUUGAAAUCGCUCAGCCGACGCAAAAUUUGGUGUUUGCACAAAUGUUCGUGAUUUGCCGCACAUGUGUGCAUUCUUAGCAUACCGUACCACCACUUUUUAUUCGUUUUUUUCUUUUUUCAAACGAACAACACACAACUUUGAAAAAAGGCGCGCGUUCAAAUUUUGAAGAUUACAAACACACAUUUCUAGUUUUCUAUGUGUCUUUAAAUUUAGAAAUUGUCGAAAAAAUUAAAUUUUCUUCACUGUUUCAAAUUAUUUAUAUUUUUUUCCUUAUUUCCAUAUAUUAAUAUUUCAUUGAAUUGUUAACAAGGAUCAAUCAUUUUGAAUUUUGAAACGGCUGAAAAAUUUCCAGCAUACAUUUUUCAACUCAAAAUAAUUUCUGAAAUUCUGCAAAACUUAUCAAAAUUAAAUUAAAAAUGUAUUUUUUUCAGGUGGCAAUCGAAUUAUUGAACUCACCCCAAAUGACAGCUAUAAAUGCACAAAAUGGUGGAGGAUCGACUGCUUUACAUUAUGCUGUUAUUAAUGGAAAUGAAUAUUUGGUUGAAAUUUUGACAUCACAUGCGAGUAUUGAUGUGGUAAGGAAUUUUGGGGGGAUUUGGGGAAAAAGAAGCUGUCUUUAAGCAAAACAGUCAAUUUUUUUGAGGGAAAAUUUGAAGAUUAUCGUUUUUUAAUAACUUAGUUUAAGUCUAGUUAGAAAAAUUUAGUUUCUUAUUGAAACUUAGAAAAACCCUCAAAUUUUCAACUGAAAAAUCCUUAUAUCUUGAAUUUUUUAUCACUUCCCACCUAUCAAUUUCUAGGUUUUUACAAAAAGAUUUGAUAAUUUUUUGAAACAGUAAAUUUUUUAAACGUGUUCCAAGUUUCCUCAUUUCUUCCAGAACAUUCAAAAUUCCGAAGGUCUUCGUCCAAUCGAUUAUUGCACCAACAACCCGAAAAUCCGGCAUAUUUUAGAGCUGCAAAUUUUCAAGACAAAAAUCCACGUGGAUACCGUACACGGACCUUAUAGUAUAAAAAUGGCGCGAAAAUCGGAUGAAGCUCAAGUUUCUGAAAUUUUGGAAAGAUUGGCUGAAGAAACACAAUUAACCAAAGAACAAAUGAAUUGCUUUGCCAUUUUUAUUUAUUCGAAAUCGAUGUGUGAGUUUUUUUUUGUUGAGAUUAGAAAAUAUUUUGGGACGUAUUUUUUUGAGGUUUUUUGGAAAUGAAAAUUUGAAAGUUUUACUUCACCGAAAAAGAGAAAUACCAAUAAUUUUAUCUUCAAAAAAAAAUUAUGAAGAAUUUGAAACAGUAAAUUUUUAAUUUUUUUAAAUUGAAAAUUUCCCAGGAUUUUUAAGACUUAGUAUUUUUUAUGGAACGACAUUGGAAAAAUUAAAAAAUACAUAAGAAAAAUUUGAAACAGUGAAAUUUUUUUGAAUCAACAUUUUGAAGAAAAAAGGUUUUCCCAGAUUUUUGAGCUUAAAAUCAACUCUCAAAUCCAGUUUUUUGCAGCUCUCCAACUGCGCCCAGAUUCUCUAAUCGAAGAAAAAUUGAAAGUUGACAAAUGGAAUGUUAUGAUUCGCAAAUUGAUCUCACCAGAUUGUCCCACUGAAACACCAAGAUUAAAAUUGAAGAGAAAUGCAUAUGCCACGUCACGUAUGGAAAUGAUUACGGUGGGAAAUUUUAAGAUAGAAACAUUUAUUUGCACCGUAAAAUUGCGUACACCGUAA